AUGAAAAUUAUGGAAGACAAAAAGAUUCCAUUGUAUUGUUCGGAGCAAAUUCAAAUACCACAUAAAUUACCUGAAAUAAUGAAGGAAUUCUGUAAAGCUGCCAUUAAAACUCAACCACAUGAUAUUCUUAAAUGGUCAGCAGCAUAUUUUAGAAGUUUAGCUAAUGAUCAACCACCUAUAAUGAAAACAUGUUUAGAAAGAGAAAUUCGAAAUAAAUAUCUCACAAGAGGAUGUUUAAGAAUGUUAAUUGAACAUAUUGGUAAAGGUUUCUUUGUACAAAAACGAGUACUACAAGCAGUUUGGGAAAUGAUUUUACCAUUAGAUGAAUUUUAUAAAUUAUUGAGUUUAGCUGGAAUGCUUCAUUGGAAAGAACUGCACUGGUUAAAAUUAGUUGGAAUUAUGGCAGGAUGGCUUUCAACUAAUCUUAAAAAUACAAUGAUCUUAGUAUGUGAUUUACUUACAAAUGAUUUGGAAGGAGGUAUGGCAAGAAUACCAAUAUGGAUGUUUUUAACAGUUUACAAUUAUUUAGCUGAACUUGAUUGCUCCAAAGAACAAAGAAUACUUAAUGGACGUAAAGUAAAAGACAAUGGUUCUUUGGAAGAAUUGAUCGAACCUAAUGAACUCCCUUACAUAAUAUCAUCAAUUUCGCUAAAAAGAUAUUUAAAUGAGUUAUGUAAUGUCAGAAAAUCAAAGGAAGAUGAGGAUGACAAAAUCGAAAGUAAAAGUAUUUCAACAGAAAGCUCCAUUCCGCAGACUAUCUCAAAUGAUCAGAAUGAAAACUUGUGUAAAAAAGAUUUUAAAAUUCUCGAUGAUGUUGAAAAUCUAGAACAAUUUUUUAAAAAAUACCCGAAUUUCGACGUUCUUAUGUUUUAUUUUAAAACGCACGAAAUCCGUAGAACCAAAGAAAUAGAGGAAGGACCAUAUCAUAUAUCUUCUUCAACUAUGCAAAAUGCUCAAGAAAAUGAACGUAAAGUGGCCGAAUUACGAGAAAGACAUAUUAUGAAUAGUUCUAGUUCAUCUACUGAUGUAGAAUACAUUUCCGGGUUACAAACACAGGCUCAACACAGGAAACUCCACCCAACCAAAUCAUCUGUUAUAGUAAAGGAUAGCAUUUAUACGUUGUAUUGCAAUGAGAAAUAUAAAGAAGAUUCUGUUGAAAAAAAACACCAACCUAAAACGACUGCUGAAUUAGAAAUUAUUAUUAAUGAUUUUAAAACUAUAUUGCAUGAAAGCAGUAGUGCAGGUGAUGUAACAACAAGUGAAAUUGGUCCUUACUUGGAUUCUUAUAAUUAUAAUGAAUGUAAGGAAAAUUCUGACGAUGAAAUUGAUUUAGAUCCAGACUGGGUGAAUAAAGAAACAAUUUCUGAACUAUCAAAUGAAUUAGAAUUGACUGCAUAUAAUUAUGGAGUUGGUGAUUAUCAAGGUAGUUAUGCUGACCAACAGAAAUGUAAUGAAAAUGAUAUGGCCCAAGACGAAAAUAAAACAGUACAAAUAUCACCAUUAAUAGAACAGAAAUCAGAUAUUAUUUCUCCAUUAUCAGCUCGUACAUAUACAAAAGAAACUUCAGCUAACUAUGAUAAUACAAUUCCUUCAACUAUACCAAUAUCACAAGAAGGAUUUAUUUCACAAAAACCUCCUGAAUCCUCUAGUAAAAACAUUGAAAAUGUAUUCAAUGAUGACAUACCAAUUAAUUAUAAACUUAAAAAGCAAAAAGUUGACAAAGAUAUGAUACUUGGUUUAAUAAGUGAUUCUAACAUACCGUUCUCAUCACAUCUGAAGGAAGAAGAAGAAGAAAUUAAUUCAGAUUUAAGUGAACCACCAAAAUGUAUUGAUAAAACUGGUUAUCAUUCUGAUGACUCAUCAAUAUUUCCACAACAAAAUGAUGAAAUUGAUUCAAAUAUUAAAUUUAAAGAAUUUCAAAAAAAUUCUCAUUUAUCACCUUCGAUUUCUGAGGAAAUAGUUCAUGAUUAUAUUAUACAAGAAUUACCAGGUAUUGGAGGGAAAUCAUUUAGAAAGCAACAACCACACCAAAGCAGCUAA